AGGUCCAAGUCCUCAUUGUCCACUUGAUAACGAGCCACUUUCUGAAAGAGAGGUGUUCAAUGAUGUCUGCUGCAAGCGUGAGGUUCUUGGGCUCAUUUGUUUCUGCAUGAAUCACAAGCAUGGAUGCGAAUGGAAAAAGGAACUGAUGUACUUAGAAGAACACUUAAGUCAUUGCGAAUAUCGAGAAGUUCCUUGCCCGAAUCAAGGAUGCAAAGAAAUGAUUCCAAUGAAAAAACUUGAUCAACACGUGAAAGAAUCUUGUCUCUUUAAACCAUCGUCUUGUCAACACUGUGGGGAACGUGUACCUGAAGUCCAAAUGGAGGCUCAUCUGCUUAAAUGUGAAAAGGUCCCUAUUACUUGUCAGUAUUGUGGAAUGAGUGAUAUUUUGCGUGAGCUUCAAAACGAUCAUAUCGAAAACCACUGUGAAGCAGCAGAAAAACCCUGCAAAUUCAAAGAUGUUGGGUGUCUCUUCAAGGGUAAAUUAGAAGACCUUAAUGAGCACUACGAUUGCCAGAAGGACGAGCAUCUCAAACUGACAGUUCAAUCCAUGGACUCAUCAAAGAAACUACAAGAACAGUUGAGCCAAAAAGUGGAUAAAGCUAAAGAGAAGACUGAAAAACUGGAAAAAGAAUUAUCUGAGCACCGAGAAUCGUUGGCAUCAAACGCACAGAACUUGAGAUCUUACCAGGCUAGACUUAGUAAAGCUGAGAAAGGUGUUACAGAAAACAAAUCUGCUAUUGCACAGAUCAGAGAACGCACAGAGGAUGCAGCUUCAUCCAAAGGCGGUAAAACAUGCGAGGUUUCCCUGCUGUUAGAGGAAUUUCGCUCUGCUUUGGCAGAUCAAGAAGAAAAACUGCAUUCGUUUGAACGCGAGUUGGCACGUGGCGUAGGGGGAGGAGGACUCCGAUCCUUUAGCAGCAGCUCCCUGACUCUUGACAGGAGGUUGGACAGAAAUGAACACCAGUUGGCUUUACAUGACAUUCAGCUAGCCGAACACGACCUUAAGAUCCAGAUGCUCGAGGCURCUUCAUACGAUGGUACAUACAUUUGGAAAAUAGACGAGUUCAGUCGCCGAAACCACGAAGGGAUCAUAGGAAAAACACCAUCCAUAUAUAGUCCGCCCUUCUAUGUUGGUCGCUAUGGAUAUAAGGUCUGCGCACGUGUGUAUCCAAAUGGAGACGGCAUGGGUAAAGGUUCUCAUUUGUCGCUAUUUUUCGUGAUCAUGAAAGGCGAGUACGAUGCACUCUUGCCAUGGCCGUUCCGUCAGAAGGUGACCUUCAAGCUGCUUGAUCAGGAUCGCCAGCAAGACAUCACUGACACAUUUAGACCGGAUCCUAACAGCUCGAGCUUCAAACGACCCACGUCGAAUAUGAACAUUGCGUCGGGCUGUCCACUCUUCGUGUCUCAGCAGGUGCUACUAAGCCGUUCGUAUGUCAAGGAUGAUACUUUGUUUGUCAAGAUCAAUGUUGAAACGGCUGGAUUACCUCCGCUUGGCUUCUGAUAGACCUUUUCAGCUUGGGCGUAAUGUUAUCCCAUUUCUAAACACGUGUCAUUCCCCAAUACAAUGGUUUUUGAGUGGCAUUCGUGAAAUAUCAGACAUGGCUUGUAUCGUAUACGCUGCACGAGUCAGGUAUGUAUACUACACAAUACAAGUUGGAUAUUCCAAGGCGUGUAAACAGAAAGCAUUGUACAGAACCCUUGCAUUACAUCCCAAACUGGAGUUCAAAACAGUGAAAAAUGUUAACAUCAAAAAAAUAUUUAAUCCUCAAGAGUAGGGAAGCAUUUUAACCUCCAGUUUAGGAUUUAAUUCAUUAGUUUAGGAAUUAGAAUUAGUUACAGGGGCUUAUAACCAUUUUAUUCCACACCAUUUCAAUUAAUCGUCACAAGGGCGCAAUAUCUGAUUAGAAGGGACAAUGAAAUCAUUAGUUUUAGUUUUAUUGCUGUUUAGCUCUAAGUACAAGACAAAAGAAAAUGAAAAGAAGAGAACUAUUGCAAUUAUUAGAGGUUUAGCAUAAUAUUUAACAAUUAGCAUCAUUGGUUAAUUGGAGGUGAAUAUUGUACGAUAUUCACCUCUGAAUCUCGGAAUAUUAAGUCGGCUACAAAAAAAGCAUCUGCCGGCAAUCGUUGUGCUACAAUUUCGAUGAGGAAAUUGAAAAAAUGAAAGUAAAUGCCAUUCCUAUCAAUACUAAAAAGGCAACGAAGUAUGGAAUAAAGGGUUUGGUAAAAGGUUUGCGUGAAUUUAUCAGCGAAGUGAAUACUCGCGUCUCGGUAAAUAUUCCCCGAUAUUCACUUCACCGAAGUGAAUAUUUACCGAGACGCGAGUUGUCAAGCGACAAAGUAAAUGAUCCCAGAUAUUCACAGAGCCCGAGGUGAAUAAUUGUUUUAGUAUUUUUUAACACAAGUGAAUGUAAUAAAUAAGGGGGAGAGAGGUUUUUUUUAAUUAAAAUUCUAUUUAUCUCUGCAAGCAGUACGAAUCGAAAAACAAGUGUGCGUAUGCGCGCUUAGCUCCUGUAGGUGAAUAUAACAGCAUAAGACGGAAACUGUGAUUUAUUAUAUUCACUUGUGUAAAAAUACUAAAUAAAUAUUAUUAUGUA